GGAGCGCUUACAAGCGCUAUGCGUAGCUGCGUAGAGUCGUAGGUGUUUUAUUUAAUUUGACCGUGAAACAACGCGAAUGAAUAAAGUCCAGUUUUGUUUGUUAAUUGAAUGAUGAGUUGAUUAAUUUGUGGUGAUUGUGAUCAUUGGUAAUUGGUCAUUGCUCAUUGUUCAUCGUCAUUAUUGAAAGGGUAAUUGGGGGUUUUUAUCGUGCUUUCUUUUCUUUUGUUUGGAGCGUCAGUGAUUUCGCAAUGGCGCUUGGUGCCGUGGGGCCUGAGAAAUUGUUAUGUGAUUGUGAGGUUUAUUGAGGUGGUGGUGUGUCGUGAUCAUCAACGAGAAUAUAACUGUCAAGAAAUCAACCAGGAUGGCCAGCUGACGGAUACACUCGACGUUAACGAGGAGUUUGUCUGGAAGGACGCUGAGGAAGAGGAGAACAAAGGCAGUGGAAGGAUGCUGGGAAGCGUGGGAGGCCGGCACGUGUCUACGCGUCGGCGUGGCAGUAGUCCGCUGGUGCGUGUCGGUGCGGGCCUCACGCAACAUGGGACCCCUGGGGAAAAUUCACUCAUGCCAUCCGAUGCACCGAGAUACACAAGGCGCCGGAGGGCUGUCACAACUAGUGAUCACAAGAGCUGUGCCCUCAUUCAAACACGCCUCAAGCUCGGUGAUAUCAUGUUGGCAGCAGCGCAAGAGGCGGCACAAAGAGAUCCUGGAUACGCGAGUCAGUACAGGAGAAGGCAGAGGUCGGCCGGACUGAGUGGUCUCGGUGACUGGGCUAGCUUUGGAGGGGAGGGACCUGGUCUGGUGGUAAUGGCGCCAGGUCGGGAUCAGGGGGGUGGGGCGGCCGGCGGGGGCGCUAAAGGGCCCACGUCGCUGUUUAUCCUCUCCGAGGAAAACUGCAUAAGAAAACACACACGUUUUAUAAUCGAAUGGCCGCCCUUCGAGUACGCCGUCCUUCUGACCAUCAUAGCAAAUUGCGUUGUACUCGCCCUCGAGGAGCAUCUGCCCAGAUCUGACAAGACCAUACUAGCCCAGAAACUCGAAUCAACGGAGAUUUAUUUCCUUGGAAUCUUCUGUGUAGAGGCGAGCCUCAAGAUCCUGGCUCUUGGAUUUGUUCUGCACCGUGGCUCUUACCUUCGUAACAUCUGGAACAUCAUGGAUUUUUUCGUCGUGGUGACCGGGUUCAUCACGGUGUUCCCACAAGGCAUUAGCCUGGAUAUGGAUCUGCGCACGUUGCGUGCUAUACGCGUGUUGCGACCGCUCAAACUUGUCUCCGGCAUACCGAGUCUUCAGGUGGUGCUCAAGUCUAUUAUCAAGGCGAUGGCACCUUUGCUACAGAUCGGAUUGUUGGUGCUGUUUGCCAUCGUGAUAUUCGCCAUUAUUGGUCUCGAGUUUUAUUCGGGAACACUGCACAAAACGUGCUACAGUAUAGAAGAUAUCAGUCAAAUAGUUAAAGAGGGCGAUGUGCCAAGUCCGUGCAACACAGACAACAAAUAUGAGGCACCGAUGGGUUCCCACGUAUGCAAUCCCAACAAAUCGGUAUGCCUUGAUCAGUGGGAGGGACCAAACAGCGGAAUAACCAGCUUCGACAACAUCGGCUUCGCCAUGCUCACCGUCUUCCAGUGUAUCACAAUGGAGGGCUGGACUGCCAUAUUGUACUGGACGAACGACGCUCUUGGCAGCUACUUCAACUGGGUAUACUUUAUACCAUUGAUCGUCCUUGGGUCCUUCUUUAUGCUGAAUCUAGUUCUCGGUGUUCUCAGCGGAGAGUUUGCAAAGGAGAGGGAGAAAGUGGAGAAACGACAGGACUUCCUGAAGAAGCGUAGACAUGCACAGCUCGAAAGAGAACUCUAUGGUUACGUCGAGUGGAUAUGCAAAGCAGAGGAAGUCAUUCUGGCGGAGGAGAGAACGUCGGAAGAGGAUAAAAAGCAUAUAAUAGAAUCAAGGAAGAGAGCCGAGAAAGCCAAGAAGAAAAAAUUGAAAAAUCUCGGAAAGAGUAAAAGCACAGACACUGAGGAGGAGGACGAGGACGAUCCGGAUGAUGGGUUCUCAAGAUCGUCGUACCUCAGGUCGGUGAAGGACGACGGCGCCUGUAAAAAUUUCUGGAAAAUUGAGAAGCAAACUAGGAUUUGGAUACGAAAGAAAAUUAAAAGCCAAUCAUUCUAUUGGUUCGUCAUCAUCCUUGUGUUCCUCAAUACAGUUUGCGUCGCCGUUGAACACUACAAUCAACCGGAGUGGCUUAGUGAUUUUCUCUAUUAUACCGAGUUUGUAUUUCUCGGGCUCUUCAUGUGCGAAAUGUUCGUUAAAAUGUAUGCCCUCGGGCCACGCAAAUACUUCAGUUCGAGUUUCAACCGAUUCGAUUGCGUUGUUAUCCUGGGCUCGAUAUUUGAGGUGAUAUGGUCGGCUGUUAAAUCCGGCUCAUUCGGUCUAUCCGUCCUGCGUGCCCUGCGUUUACUGAGAAUAUUCAAAGUAACAAAGUACUGGGCGAGCCUGAGAAAUCUCGUAAUAUCAUUGUUAAACUCAAUGCGCAGCAUCAUUUCACUUUUGUUCCUUCUCUUCCUCUUCAUACUCAUAUUCGCUCUACUUGGUAUGCAACUCUUCGGUGGACAAUUCAACUUUCCAUCAGGCACACCACCAACCAACUUCAAUACCUUUCCCAUUGCGCUGCUAACUGUCUUCCAAAUCCUAACGGGUGAGGACUGGAAUGAAGUGAUGUACCAAGGAAUCGAGUCACAGGGUGGACACAAAGGCGGGGGCAUGAUAUAUUCAUCCUACUUCAUUGUUCUUGUAUUAUUCGGUAACUACACGCUGUUAAAUGUGUUCUUGGCUAUCGCUGUCGAUAAUUUAGCGAAUGCUCAAGAACUAACAGCAGCUGAGGAGAAUGAAGAGGCGGAGGGUAAGGAAAAACAACAGCUAGAAAUCGACAAAGAAUUAGAGUCGUUACGCAUGCCAGGUGCAGCUUCAGCACCAAAAGUUGAGAUAUCACCACCUAGUCCUUCAGCAAAUUUAGGUAAAACUGGAAAACAGGCGUCCGAAGAGAAGAAACAGGAGGACGACGAUGACACGGGACCAAAACCAAUGCUGCCAUACUCCUCCAUGUUUAUAUUAUCUCCGACAAACCCUGUAAGAAGAGGGGCCCAUUGGGUGGUUAACUUGAGAUAUUUCGAUUUUUUCAUAAUGGUUGUAAUAUCUCUAUCAAGUAUUGCCCUUGCAACUGAAGACCCAGUAGACGAGCACUCAAAAAGAAAUACAGUAUUGAAUUAUUUCGAUUACGCGUUCACUGGUGUAUUUGCGAUAGAGAUGAUUCUCAAGGUCAUUGAUCUUGGAAUCAUGCUCCAUCCCGGCUCGUAUCUGCGCGAGUUCUGGAAUAUAAUGGAUGCCGUUGUCGUCAUAUGUGCUGUUGUAUCAAUGGGCUUUGAAGUGGGUGGUGGAUCUGCUGGACAUUUAUCAACAAUUAAAUCACUUCGUGUACUUCGUGUACUUAGACCACUGAAAACUAUAAAACGUGUGCCUAAAUUAAAGGCAGUGUUUGAUUGUGUCGUUAACAGUUUAAAGAAUGUCAUCAAUAUUCUCAUCGUGUAUAUAUUGUUUCAAUUUAUCUUCGCUGUCAUAGCGGUACAAUUGUUCAAUGGUAAAUUUUUUUAUUGCAACGACGCGAGCAAAAGAACUAAAGCGGAUUGCCAAGGUGAGUACUUCAUCUUUGAGGAGGACCAACUACUGCCAACGCCCAUGAAACGUAAAUGGCAGCCACAGAGCUUUCAUUACGAUAAUGUUAUGGCUGCCAUGCUGACAUUAUUUGCUGUACAAACCGGUGAGGGUUGGCCACAAAUUUUACAACACUCGAUGGCAGCGACUCACGAGAAUGAGGGCCCCAUUCAUAAUUUUCGAAUUGAAAUGUCGUUAUUUUACAUCGUAUACUUCAUCGUCUUUCCAUUCUUCUUCGUAAACAUAUUCGUCGCCUUGAUCAUCAUCACAUUUCAAGAGCAAGGCGAGGCGGAAUUGCAGGAUGGUGAAAUUGAAAAGAAUCAGAAAUCCUGUAUAGACUUUACAAUAGGUGCUAGACCUCUGGAGAGGUACAUGCCGAACAAAAGAAAUAGUUUAAAGUACAAAAUAUGGAGGAUAGUUGUAUCAACGCCGUUUGAGUACUUUAUCAUGAUUCUCAUCGUUUUAAAUACACUUUUACUCAUGAUGAAGUACCACCGGCAGAGCGAGCUGUACAAAUCCAUAUUGAAGAACAUGAACAUAGGCUUCACCGGGAUGUUCACCAUCGAAUGCAUACUGAAGAUCGCCGCUUUUGGGGUCAAGAAUUUCUUCAAAGACCCGUGGAAUACAUUCGACUUCAUCACGGUCAUCGGUAGCAUCGUGGACGCACUUGUAGUCGAAUUCGGGGAGAACUUCAUCAACGUCGGCUGUUUGAGGCUAUUUCGCGCCGCCAGACUGAUCAAAUUACUCAGACAGGGGUAUACUAUACGAAUUCUUUUGUGGACGUUCGUACAAUCAUUUAAGGCGCUGCCCUACGUCUGUCUUCUCAUCGCUAUCCUAUUCUUCAUCUACGCAAUCAUUGGCAUGCAGGUUUUUGGAAACAUCGCACUCGAUCCAGAAACAUCGAUCUACGAGCACAACAAUUUCCAGAGUUUCAUACAAGGUCUGAUGUUGCUGUUUCGGUGCGCAACGGGCGAAGCUUGGCCAAGUAUAAUGCUGUCUUGUAUAAAAGGUCGUAUCUGUGAUCCUAAAGCCAAACAAGAUGCUGAUGGCUGCGGCUCAAAUUUGGCGUAUGCCUACUUCGUCUCCUUUAUAUUUUUCUGCUCAUUUCUCAUGCUUAAUCUGUUCGUUGCCGUUAUCAUGGACAAUUUUGACUACCUCACACGCGACUCAUCGAUACUUGGUGCCCAUCAUCUCGAUGAAUUUGUUAGAAUAUGGGCAGAGUAUGAUCCCAAUGCUACUGGGAAAAUACAUUUCACGGAAAUGUACGAUAUGCUUAAGAAUAUGGAUCCACCACUGGGAUUCGGUAAUAAGUGCCCCAACAGACUUGCUUAUAAGAAACUCAUUAGGAUGAAUAUGCCGGUUGAUGAAGAUGGCAAGGUCGCUUUCACAACGACGUUCUUUGCAUUGAUCAGGGAAAAUCUCAAUAUUAAAAUGCGACCGGCGGAUGAAAUGGAUCGAGCUGAUGAAGAAUUGCGAGACACAGUCAGGGCCAUUUGGCCACUCCAAGCGAAAAAAAUGUUGGACCUUUUGAUACCUAGGAAAGAAGAAUUGAAUAAAGGAAAGUUAACCGUCGGUAAGAUAUACGCUGGCUUCCUGAUCCUCGAGAACUGGAGGACAACGAAAUUCGGUCAGAUUGAGUCGACUGAUCCUCAGCGUUCUUCUUUCUUCAACUGCCUGAUGGACAUGGCCGGGGUUAAUCACACGGGUAAUCAUCAUGGAAGCCGACUAAACAGUCUUGAGCCACCGGGUGUCGAUGGAAAGACUGAUGCUACCAAGGAGGGCAAAGAAGAAGAGGGAGCCCUUGGGGUUCUAGCUGCUGCCGAAAAAAGGCGUCAGCGUAGCAUCAGAAAUAAAAAGGUGAACUGGAAGAUGUCCCACCAGUACGAUAAACUAGGGAGCAGCGGAGAGAGUAGCCAGGGAGGGGGUGGGUCUGGGGUUGUAGUUAACGGCGAUGAACGUGGCCCCGAGUUAGAGCCAUUGCUGGCAGAGUCCUCCCAGGACCACUACCAUCAUCAUCAAUACUACGAUACCGACAAUGAUCAAUACUACCAUCACCAUCAUCAUCAUCACCGACCACCCUCGUACUAUCAACACCAGAACACCUACGCACCUCGCUCCUCAAUCCGUUACCUCAAGGACCUUCAGGAUAUCGUACCUAGUGAUUCAAGGGCGGGGAGCCUUGAGAGUCUCACACAAGGGGAUAGACUUCAUCCACAACAUGUGCAGCAUCCACCAAGACAUCAUUCACGCUCGCCAAGUUUGAGAAGACACUCACCAAUCCACAGAUCGCCAUCACCCUCUCGCCGAGCGCGAUUCGACCACCACCACCAUCCCUACCACGAAGGACCUGGUUUCAGCGACGCUGUCAGUAACGUCGUGGAAAUUCAAAGGCAUACACAUACACCUCAUCACUCACAAUACAAUCAUCGUCACCGAAUAAGAGACUAUUACGACCACUGCGACUAUUACGACGAUGCCCCAAAAAAAUCCCCAGGUCCCUGGAGUGCCUCAACGAGUCCAGCCCGGUCACCAAGUCCAGUCCACCGUAUGGACCACCGUGGCCACCACUACGGUACAACAUCCCUCGAGCAGAGAUCACGUAGUCCAAGUCCAAUAGGUGGACGUCAAUCAAGCCACCACCGCCAUCCCCAUCACCACCAUCACCAUCCCCAUCAGCACAGUUACCCAGUGCUGGUGACACGUCGUGGCCACGGAAGACGACUACCACCAACGCCAAAUAAGCCAUCAACAUUGCAGUUGAAGCCAGCAAACAUAAAUUUUCCAAAAUUAAAUGCCUCACCAACACAUGGUCCCCACCUGAUGCAGCAUGUGCCACCAUCAGUACUACCCCCUCAUGGCCCAUCAACAGCAUCUGGUGUACAUGUAUCGAGUAUGUCAUCAACUGUUCACUGUCCCUUGAGCUUCGAACAGGCUGUGGCAAUGGGCCGUGGUGGACGUUUACUACCAAGUCCAGUGCCCAAUGGCUACAAGCCACAGCCAACUGCUGGACAAAAACAGAGAACACCAAGAUCCAGACAUUCAGACAGCGAUGAAGAUGACUGGUGCUAGCCAAUGUGGGACCCUGGACGGUGGUCCAGUGAUGUGGACACUAAUUCUAGGGGCCUCAAGGCCUGUGCGUGACACCACAGGGACCGGUUUAUCAUUAUUUAUUCAUUAUUAAACCUCACUCUCAUUGUUAAUUUGUCAUUUUUUUAUCAAGUGAGAAAAAAUAAUAUUAUUAACGACAACUAUUUAUACCAUAUCCUUAAGCACGCUUGUCUCAUUGGCGUUUAAAGAUGACCGGAACGGGGUCUUCUAUUCUCUCCUCUUCUUCUCUCUCUAUUUAACGGGUUUCUACGUUUUAUUGUGUCACUCAUUUUAAUAAAUGAUAUUUUGCAUGAAACGGGAUUAUAUCCUUUAUGUGGGCACUCCCAUUGUGUAUAUACAUGAUACAUAAUGUGUAUAUAUGCGUAUAUGUAUUUCUGAUGAUGUAGAGAGCCAAUUUGAUGAUUAAAGUGUUUAAAUAAUUUUUUUUUCACUAUGGGCAGGCGAAUUACUCGAGGUGUUUUGAAUUUAUUGUUAAUAAUUUUUAGAGUUUUUUAUAGUGUCCUCGUAGUCCAAUCGUUCUACCCCCACUCAUAUACCUCCCACCAUUCGACAUUUUACCUCCGAAUAAACCCCUCCUCAUCCACUCCCCGACUCGGGAAAUAUAUACAGGAUACUUUUUAUACAAUUAAUAAAUUCACAAAUCGAGAUAUCCUUGCGGGGCUCAGGCGAAUUGGAUACUGAUUAUUUAAUUCAUUAAUUGUUCUAGAUUAAGAUUUGAUCGAUUAGGGAUGUCCAAGUGUUCUCAUUAUAUCAGAUAAAUUGUUAAUAAUUUGGCGAUUAUUUUACAUUAUUUAUCUUUUACGCAUAUGAAUUGAAAAAAGGUGUUGCUAAAUUCAACAAAAUGCAAAAUUCAAUUAAAAGACAAUUUUGUUUAAUUCCAACAGGUUACAGUUCUAGUUGAACAUUCAGAAUUUUUCUUCUUAUUCCUAUCACGUAUUUUGAUGGAUAAAUUUUAUUAGUAAAUAUGGUUGAACGACUGCCUGACGUCUAUGAAUUGUAGAAGACCCUUGGAUUUCCUUAAAACCUCAAUCGGUGCUGAUGAUAAUUGGUGUCAGCAAUUCACCUCGAGUUUUUCCCCACUGUUAAUACGUGAAAUUGUGUGAGCCGGAUUCUCACGCGAAGAAUUUACAUGAAAUAAUAAAUUGAAUUUAAAAAAAUCGAUAAUCGUGUCAGCGACGCGUCUCCGAUUAUCGUUCUGAAUAAAUAUUUAUUAAGUUAUUAUUAAUGAUGAUAAUGAAUAUAUGGUUAUAAGCGAUGAUGAAAGAAUCGAAGGAACAAAAGUGCUUACAAUGAUAACUAAAACAAAGACUUUAUUGAAAAAAUAAUAAUUUCUCCGCAUAAUUUAAUAGAUUUAAAAAUGAUACACUGCCGGCUCACCGGGGCCUGUUUACCGUUGAAUAGUUUAAUUAACUUGACAACUGACGGACGGCAAUGCGGUCUCGGUGAACGGAUAAUAGAAACAAUUUCCAGUAAAAAACAUUUUAAACUGAUAAAUGCAGAGAUUGCGUUGUUUGAGGGAAUUUUAUUAAUGGGUAUGUGGGAUGUGUACGGAUCGACUGUUCAGGUACCUGAACUUCGCGUUUUGAUGCCUUGAUUACUGAUGAGAUAUGUCUUUGUGUGAUUCGCAUCGUUUGAUUAUCACUCUCGUGUUUUCACUAUACUUUAAUGAAAAAAACAACAAAAGAAAGACACUAACAAAAAAUGAAUGAAUCAAUGAAAUAAGUUCUUUAGAAUCCUUAGUGUUGGUUCAGCGAUAGACCGACUAGGGGACAGAGAUUUCGGAGGGAGAGGGGGGGGGGCAGACGACUUUAAAUUUUUUUCCAAAAAAUAAAAAAAUUGUUUCCACGGACAUUUUUCCACCUGUGAAUUAAUUUCGGUGGAAAAAAAAACCAGACGCUCAUUCCUGGUGCGGUAAUCAGCACCCGCCAUUCAAUAGGCUAAUGAAGUUGAAAGACGCACUGGUGACGUUCAAUUAAUACUCCCCAGGGUUAGUGUACCACCAGCCAAUGAUAAUUGACCCAAAAUAAAUACUUAAUCUAAUUACUUAUAGUAGUUAAGAAUAUUUGAUUCCCGAGGACUGGGACGCGAUAAAGAUCAUAGGGUCGGUGCUUUAAGAAUGAAAAAUAGGGGAUAAAGACACGUGUUUAAUACUGCCAUUCGUACGAGGACUAUUUAAUCGGUUAUAUACCACGGAUUAAUAUUCCAUGUACUCUUACAAAUGAUGAAACCAAAUAUGAAAAUACCUUCUGUGUAGGUAGAUGCAUCACACUAGACAAUUAAUCGUGCGCUGUCUAGGUUUCAAAGGACGUUACGAGUGGAUGUACGUAUGUCAAUCUAUAGAACCAGAGUGAAUUAAUCGUGGACGUUUCGAAUUAGAAUUAAGUAGGCAUGUUCGCGCGGCUGCUGAAAUUGGUGACAUUUUAUUCUACUGAGGACAUCAUUCACGUUGGCGAAGGGGUGAUGUGCGAUGAGUGAAAUUUAUUUUUUCUUCCAUUUUCAUUUUCAUUGUUUCAAUGAUUUAUUAAUUUAUUUUGAUGGAUUUGAUUUGACAUUGUUACUGCACGUUUUUUUCCCGGGUACAUUUCAAGCGAUAUUUUUUAUUAAUAAUUUUGUAAAUAUUUUUUUCAGCGACUUUGGAAUGAAAAAUUGCUUAAAAAAUGAAAAAAAAACCCUCAGAUAGGAUGAAAAUUCGCUGGAAUUUUAGAGCAACGCAGAAAUCAUUUACUAAUAAACAGUUGAACAUCAGUAAAACAACAUUAUAAUUGUUUCUUGGUUUUAAUUAGACUGUAUUUUUUAAUAAUUUUUUCUAUUAAUGCUGCCGUAAUUAUGAUUCAUUCCUGCGACCGAGAGGCACCCCCCCCCCCCACCCCCAUUUUACACUCGAAUUUUAAAUAUUUUCUCCAACAACAGUCUCAACCUCGUGAACGUUCAUCCAAAUAGUGUGGUUCUUCCAUAAAGUGCUUUACAAACUCAAUUGUAUUUCAUUAAAAGGACGAAAAAAAUGGUAUAAAAAAAUCAUAAAUCCAGUGUAACGUGUCAACAGCCGUCGAGUUUUGUUGUGGAACACGCGAAAGCUUAAAAUAUUACGUAAAAAUAUUUUUCUGUGAUAAAUAUUUUAAAAUACCACAGGUCAUAGCGAAAGAAAAUCGCGCGCAAUGAGGUAUCAUCGCGAAAGAUAAAAUACAGUUAUCGUCCUCUCCCCCUCAUUUCGAUAGUGUUUAUAAUGCACGGCAUUGUUGUUAAUUAAACGCGUAAUUGCACGGGGAAUUUCGCGACGAGAGAAGUGAAAAGUGUUGGUGAAUAAUUGAGCAUACAGUUCGGUUUUCCUAUCAUGGCGUAAUGAUUGUUUGAAUAAAUCGUUGACAAUGCAUCAACUCUAGCUGGACAUACAGGCGAUCCGACCAAGUUAUACAAUACGAUGAAAAUAUUAUUAGACGAGGCAGAAUUCAUUAUCGAGAAGCAGAACCAUUAAGAGACAUUAUACAAAGUAUAAUGCGAAAACAAAAGACUCGUAGGUAAUUGCAUACAUAUUUAUUCUAUGCGCGUAAUACAGAGUGACUGAAGCUGCGCGACAGAGGAAAUUCAUAAAUUCGGUGUUGAAUAUUUCCACCUGAAGUUUUCGGUAGGAGAUUUUCGAAAUUCGAAGGCUCGGAUUUUUCACAAUCAAUAUUUUUCUAUUAAUUGUUGAAUGUUGAUGGAAAAUCGUGAGAAUUUUUUUCAUCAAUUCAUUUGAACUUAAAUAUUCAAGUGUUUCUGAGUUCUCUCAAAUUCUGAGUUCAAGAGGAUUGAACCUAAACAUUAAUUAAUAACGUAAAGGGAUGAAUUCAUUAAUCAAUCAUUGGCGAAUCAAAAAUUUAAUUUGACCGAAUGAAAUGCAAAAAAAAAUCUCCUAAAGGAUAAAUGAUGAGAACUCUCAAUGGACAAUUGAAUUAAAAGACCAGGGUAGGCAAAAAUGGCUACUUAAUUAAAAUUAUUAACUGUUUUAAAAAUUCUCCUUGAACUAUUUGAAGCUCACUAAUUUUUUAUGAAAUUCGAAAAUAAUUUUUAAUUCUAUAUUGGAAGUGGUAUCAUCACUCAAUCUCUCGCAACCACUGUAAACUUCGAGUAAUUCCUCGCUUUAAAGUGUAAUCCGUAAAUUUUUACCGCAUACCUAGUUAAAAAUCAUCCCUUAAGACGAAAAUAAGUAUUUCAAAAGCUCGAAAGAAGAAGUGCCGUUGCUUUGUAAAUUACUCAAACGAAUUAGAAUAAAAGAGGAAAAAAGGGGGUGAAUAUUCUCCCUGAUUAGACUCCUGGAAAAUAAUUCACGGCGUUCUGUUCAUCGGUGUCAUAAAAAUGGAGGCGAGAAAAAAAAACCUCGUGCGAACAAAAGCCAAGUGUCCGCUGAAUUCUAUUGACCGCGUGAAGAGAAAAGUUGAAUAAAAAUGACUAAUUGUGCAACUAAGGGGAAGAACGCAACAUCCUCGUGUAUACGACGAUUAAUAACUAUAAAUCAAGUUAAUUAAAAAAUUAAUUGUAAAAAUCACGAAGAAAUCCGUAAACCACAGUAACGGCUCCGAAAUUCGCUACUUAUCGAACGAUGAAAAUUAAAUGAACCACGAGAACAUCAAUCAAAGAAAACAAUAACUAUGACGGAAGUUCGCACGCGUAAAAAAAUGCCGAAAAAUGAAUGAAUUGAAAUAUCAGCGACUCAUCGAAAUCAAUGGGGCAUUUUCAACAAACACGAAGUAAUCAACGCAAUAUAGCUAGAAAAAUAAUUUCAACUCGUUUACAAAGCAGAAUAAUAAAACACACAUAUUCAUAAUAAAUUCCGAUUAACCAUCAAAAGAGUGAAAAUUAAGGAAACGCUGAAACCUAUCGACUAGUGAGAGACGAUUGAAAUUGAAUAAAUCGAUUAAAUGAUGAACAAACCACUGAAGGAAAGAAAUUUAGCAUUACGUAUUUCAUUACUUAACAAUUUAAUAAGGAUGAGAUGAUAAAGAAUAAUAAUUAUUUAAAACAAGAAAAAAAGCGUAAUUACGUUAAGGGUUUUUCUACUUAUCUAUAUAUAAAUAUAUAAAUAUUAUAAAUAAUUGAGAAUGCAGAUUAAUAUGGUAACACUUAUAAAUACACGUACAUACACACAUGGAUAUUAUAUAAAUAUAAAUAUGGUAUGAAUGGAUGCGUGACUGCAACUAAUACACUGACUAUAAAUCAAUUUAAUGAAAAAAAAAUACCACUUCAAUUUAUUUAAAAUAAAUUGAUAAAUACCCUGUCGAUAAUAAUUAUCACACUUUGUCACUAGACAUCAAGGAGAAAAUAUAAUGAGGAGACUCAGUAGAAUUUCAUACUUUUGCAAAUAAUCGACACUUCGAUCUCUAAAUAAUGAAAAAUAUUUAAAAUGCGCGUUACGUUAUGAAUAAUCGCAUGUCUAUUAUUUCUCCUUCCUCUCGUCGUUUUUAAUAACUCUUGUGUCAUCUCCCCCCCCCCCUCCCCCUUUACGUCUGUCGCCACUCUUUCUUGGAUCCCCCCCCCGCCCCACUAUCCUUACUUACUUUCAGUGAGUUUGAAUCUUGUGAUGUUUGUGCACCUGGCAAUCAAGGCUCGGUCGCUGAAUAUUAUUAAAUUCAAUUAAAUGUUCAGUGAUUAAAAAACUAAUGAAGAAACAAUGUAUUGGUAAGGGACAUUUGGUCAAUAUCUGGUGGCAGAUUGCGUCGAGAAUAACGAGGAAUAAGAAUUUAAUUAGUGAGCGAAAGAAUUUUUUAAUGAAUUUAAUGGAACUAAUAAGAAAAUUGAAUGGAAUUAAUAAGAAAAGGAAAUGUAAAAAACUCACGGCUUCAACAAUUGUUUGGUAAUUGGCGCUUAAGAAGUGAAAUUUAAAAAAUCAAUUUCGAUCUUGUCCAUUGACAAAAAAAAUGUAAAAUUACGCGAGGGAAGACAUUUUAGAAGAGUUGUAUCCUACGAAUCAUUAAAUUGUAAUAAAGUGUUGCCUUAAUAAUUAAUGUUGAUAGAAAAUGAUGAGUAAAAUUCGCAAGGAGGCAGGAGUAAUUUUCAAAUGAAAUAGAAAAACUAAUCAGCAGCAUCUGCACAAUUGAAUGGCCCAUUCUAGUCAUUUUCAACUCAUUAGAAUCAAAACUCAGAAUGUAGUUUAAAAUGAGACGAGCUGUAAUGACGAGCGGGUGAAAACCCAUCGGAGACGAAGAAAAAAAAUUAGAAUGAAGUGCGCAAAGAUUGAUGGUGGUUUGUGUCCUUGCGAGAGUGUCGUGUGACUGCGUUUCGAAAUAAAUAAUAAAUUAUACUAAAACGAGGAUGACUCUGUUCAUGUGUGUGCCGUGGUAAAGCUUCGGAUUUACGCGGCAGUCCCGUUGUUAUAAAAAUUUUAAUGAAAAAAAAAAAACAAUAUGAAAAUUUAAAUAAAUAAACCAUUGAAAGCUUUAACUUUGAAUAAACUUACAUUUAAAUAAACGGUAUAGUGAUGAAAUGGAGGGCUGGUGACUAAACGGUAACAUGAGAAAUAACUUUUCUUCUUCUAUUUUCAAUAGUCCAUUGUUUAGCUAAUGAAUGAAUUGAUAAUUCAAUGUAAAAUACAGUGGAGUAGAUGAGAGGGAUUUUGAGUGAAGAAAAAUUGUUUCUCAAAGAAAGAUUGUAACUUUAUAUAAAUAAAUAUUGUAUAGUAACGCGUAAGCCACUUCCUGUCGCUGGUUGAUAUUAUCGAGAGAUUUUCAGUGAUUGAUUUAAUAUAUAUUAGGGUAAUUAAUGGAAUUAUGGGGCGAUUGUGGAGGUGACUUACGCGUGAGCUUCGUUUAAUAUUAUUUUAUCAGAAAUUAAUAAAUUAUUUCAAAUGGUGGAAGUAUUAUUCUUUAACGACGCAUCUGCCGUAACGUACUAACGAUGAUACUUGGACAGUUUUGUGGAUAGGAGCUGAACAAAAGGUGUGAGAUAUAUUAUUAAUAGCCGAGUAUUAAAUUAUAUUUGAAUGCGGGAGGAUUGCGUUAUUCGGCAUGAUUGAGAGUGAGAGGUAUGAAUUUUAAGAGAAACGUAACAUGCAUUAUUAAAAACUAUGUAUUUAUGCAGUAUCGGAGUACCUACCUUAUACAUAAAUAUUAUGCAUAUAUAAAUAGCUAGUUCAAUUUGCAAAAUUAGUGUGUAUUGUCGCUUCGAUAAUGAAAAAAGAAAAUACCCAGUCAUUACUCGCCAGAAAUCCAAAACAAAUGAAAACCCAAGAACAAAACCAAUUUCAAGUUCAUUCUUUUUUUAAGGAAAGAAAAAAAACAAUAAAUAAUGUAUUAAAAUAUUUAA